AUGGAUCCAAAUCAGCCAAGGCAAAAUCUGCCGCAAAAUGCACCGAAAACAAAUUACAUCCAGAUCAGGCCGAUCGCUCCAGCGCAGGGUCAGAAUAGGCCCAUUCAGCCGGGCCAAAUUCAAUUCCAUGUCCCAACCAAAAGUCCUAGAACAAUCCGGCCAGCAAAGGCGAAAACGCGAGUCGUAAUUCCGAGCCAACAAGUCGUGAACGUAAGCGGGCAACAGGUGAUUCAAGCUCCUCAAAAUCAACGCGUCGUCUUUCUCCAGCCAGUUACGAACUCAAAUGGCCAAAUCACCUACAUUCAGAAAAAUGCUCCAAGCCAGCAAUCGCCAACUCUGAUUCAAUCAGCAAGACCGCAGCAAGUUCAGUCCGUGAAACUUGAAAGCACAAUGAGUGACGAGUUCCGCGGCCGAAACGAGGGAACGUCAAGCUCAUUCAACCUAGCUCCAGCAAGUCAUCCUUACGUCCUUCCAUCUCCAAUGCCCGUCUCCGCGACUGUCACGGAACACAUGAUCACCGAAAACCUUCUCAACCGGAGCAACCCCAACGCUACCGUCUCUGGAAAUAACAAGGGUUGUUCUUGCUCAAAAUCAAAGUGCCUGAAGCUCUAUUGCGAAUGUUUUCGAAGAGGAGAAUACUGCCACUCUUACUGUGCCUGUACAAUGUGUCAUAAUCAGGAACAAUACAACGAUCUCCGCCAAAAAGCGAUAAAAUCAGCACUUGAUCGCAACGAAGACGCCUUCAAGCCCAAAGUCGCCAAAAGCGGGAAACAAGUAAACAACAAAGGGAAGCACCUGCGCGGGUGCAACUGUAAACGCUCUGGCUGCUUGAAAAAGUACUGCGAGUGUUAUCAGGCGGGAGUGCCAUGCAAUGACAUUUGUAAUUGUGUUGGAUGCAAAAAUCGAGACGACCAUGACAUUUUCAAUGAUCUCGGACCUCCUGGUGCCAAGCGCCAAAAGCUGGGCGUCUCAAGGAUUCUGCAAACGACUCUCAGUCCAGCUGUUGUUUCCGCUGCUGCUAACUGCUUGAUUGCGUCAGCUCGGUCUAAGCCGGAUGAUCCUGUUGCCGCGGAAAGAGCUGUUCUCGCACAAUUUGGCCGAACGCUGAAAGACAUCAUCAGUCACACGAUAAAUCAGCAGCGCGAAUCCAGUCGGAAAACGCUCAAUUCAUGA